AUGGAUACCCCUAGAGUCCUGCUGUCGGCCGUCUUCCUCAUCAGUUUCCUGUGGGAUUUGCCCGGUUUCCAGCAGGCUUCCAUCUCAUCCUCCUCGUCGUCCGCGGAGCUGGGCUCCGCCAAGGGAAUGCGAAGCCGCAAGGAAGGGAAGAUACCGCGGGCGCCACGAGACAGUGCCACGGCCGGGGAGCCCCAGCAGCGCCACGAGCCACAACCGCGGCCACAGGAUGAGCCCCGGCGGCGGCCGCCGCAGCAGCCCGAAGCGCAGGAGCCCCCCGGCAGGGGCCCACGCGUGGUGCCCCACGAGUACAUGCUGUCAAUCUACAGGACUUACUCCAUCGCCGAGAAGCUGGGCAUCAACGCCAGCUUUUUCCAGUCUUCCAAGUCGGCUAAUACGAUCACUAGCUUUGUAGACAGGGGACUAGACGAUCUCUCGCACACUCCUCUCCGGAGACAGAAGUAUUUGUUUGAUGUGUCCACGCUCUCAGACAAAGAAGAGCUGGUGGGCGCGGAGCUGCGGCUCUUUCGCCAGGCGCCCGCAGCGCCCUGGGGGCCGCCGGCCGGGCCGCUCCACGUGCAGCUCUUCCCCUGCCUGUCGCCCCAGCUGCUGGACGCGCGGACCCUGGACCCGCAGGGGGCGCCCCGGGCCGGCUGGGAAGUCUUCGACGUGUGGCAGGGCCUGCGCCAGCAGCCCUGGAAGCAGCUGUGCUUGGAGCUGCGGGCCGCGUGGGGCGAGCCGGGAGCUGGGGAGGCCGAGGCACGCGCGCCGGGGCCUCAGCAGCAGCCACCGCCCCCGGACCUGCGGAGUCUGGGCUUCGGCCGGAGGGUGCGGCCUCCCCAGGAGCGCGCCCUGCUCGUCGUGUUCACCAGAUCCCAGCGCAAGAACCUGUUCGCCGAGAUGCGCGAGCAGCUGGGCUCGGCCGAGGUCGCGGGCCCGGGCGCCGGCGCCGAGGGGUCGUGGCCGCCGCCGUCGGGCGCCCCGGACGCCGGGCCUUGGCUGCCCUCACCCGGCCGCCGGCGGCGGCGCACGGCCUUCGCCAGCCGCCACGGCAAGCGGCAUGGCAAGAAGUCGAGGCUGCGCUGCAGCAAGAAGCCCCUGCACGUGAACUUCAAGGAGCUGGGCUGGGACGACUGGAUUAUCGCGCCCUUGGAGUACGAGGCCUACCACUGCGAAGGCGUGUGCGACUUCCCGCUGCGCUCGCACCUGGAGCCCACCAACCACGCCAUCAUCCAGACGUUGAUGAACUCCAUGGAUCCCGGCUCCACCCCGCCCAGCUGCUGCGUGCCCACCAAAUUGACUCCCAUCAGCAUCCUGUACAUCGACGCCGGCAAUAACGUGGUCUACAAGCAGUACGAGGACAUGGUGGUGGAGUCCUGCGGCUGCAGGUAGCGGCGCCUUUCCUGCUGCCUUGGCCCCUGACCGCAGGGGAGGCUUGACUAAAGAGAGGCGGAGUUGGAGCUGGCCUUGGAGGAGGCAGAGGGUGGGGGAACAGCCUGGACAUGCAGCCCGGUGGGAGAAGAGGGAGCGCAGCCUUCCCAGAACCUUCCACCUGCCAGCCCAGAGGGAGAUACGGAUUUUCACACCUCGCCUGGCCACCCUGGAAAAACAAGCCAAGGAGGAUUUCUUUAGUUUUUUUUUUUUUUUUCUUUAUUAUUGUGGCU